AACCCUAAUCGAAGAAAUACUUGCCGAAAUCAAGUGCCGCUCCCAACUGUGGUAAGCGGAUCUGAGCAUCUCUCUGCGGUAGCUGCCCUCUCGCCGCCGGCCUCCACCCAUCUGCUGAAAUAAGCCAAUCAAUCUCCUUGAAACCAGGUACCGCAACCGAUCCUCUAACCCGACUCAUAUCUGCCUAUUUCUUGCAAAAAAGACACAAUCAAGACGCCCUUACUCCGGCUGGUGUAGUCUGCCGGAAAAUAAACUCCACUCCAAACGAAGCCUGGUUGCAUCGCCGGCGUAUCCCGGACGUGUCCGGGGCCUUUGACCUCGUAUCUGGUCAACGAUACUCAAGUUGGACUGUCAUAUACUUUUCCCAGUGAGAUCCAACCCGCGAUUUCUCACUAGGUUUGGUGUAUUGUGCUUUGUAGUUUCUUUGAGCAGCUGUUCUGUUCAGCAUGGCAACGGCUGAGGCUGCAACAUCUUCAGUUGGACCACGCUAUGCACCCGAUGAUCCAACCCUCCCCCAACCAUGGAAGGGUUUAAUUGAUGGAAAUACUGGAUUAAUGUACUACUGGAAUCCUGAAACUAAUGUUACACAAUAUGAGAAGCCCUCGGCAGCUCCUCCUCCGCUGCCACCUGGUCUGCCUCCCCCUACUCCCAAACUUGCUCCGAUACCCGGGGCUACUUCUGUUCAACCAAGUGAUGCGCAAGGCCAGCAGCAAAGCCCUCACAUCGGCCAGAGCUUGAAACAAGAGCAGCCACAACAGGGUCCCUCACAAGUUUCAGCUGGACAGCAGCAGGGUUCACAUGUAAAUCCUACGAUGCAACAACAGUUGCACCAUGUUAGGCCUUAUGGAAUGCAACAGGCAAGUCACCAAAUGCCUAUGGUGCAGCCAGGGCCAUUGCAGCACUUUACUCAGCCACAGGUCCAGCAAGUGCAGCCAUUUCAAGGAAUGCAGGCAGGAAAACAUCAAGAUUUUCAAUUUACUCAGCACCAGACAUCACAUGGUUUGUAUAGUCACCAGAACAUGAAUUCCCAAGCCCAAAGUGUUCCAGAGCAGCAGAAGCAUCAUCUUUUGCAAGGCAAGCAUUUUCCCCACCAACAAGAGCACAACAUAGAGUUCAGUCAGAGGGAGGAUGCAGAAAUUCCACAAGGAAAACAAAUGGGGUUUUCACCAAUGCCCUUUCAGCAAUCUAGCCAGUCAUCAACUCUUGCACCCAAUCCCAUGGCUGGACCACCGUCUCAACCAAUGCAAUAUAGUGGUUCUGCUAAUAUGCAGCAGCCAGCAUCUCAAGUACAUUGGUCGCACAGCGGGUCAGAUUCAGCACACUACCAACAUGCUCCCCGGUUCCAAAGCCAGAUGGGUCCAGUGUCUUCACAUGGUCCUCAGCUAAAUGUGCCACCACCUGGAUCUAAUGUAGGAUAUGAAGAAAACUUACAUGGAAAAGUAGGGAAUAAGUUUUAUGAGAAUCCUAUCAAGGACGUCCAUGCCAUGCCUCCUCAGGCUUCACAUCCCAUGCUUGCAGCCAUACCCCAUGCAAGAUCUCAGCAUGAAAUGAGGACCGCUGACCAAGCAAUUCAGAAUUCAGCACAAGGAUAUCCUGGUGGAUAUAAUAAUUCUGGAGGUCCACCAUUGCAUAAUAUUUAUGGUCAAGCAACCAGUGGCGGUGGACCCCCGUUUUCAACAAUCGCCCAAAUGCGCCCCCCGUCAACUUCUAUGGGACAUCCGGACGCUGAGGAUUAUCGUAAAAAACAUGAAAUCACUACAAUGGUUUGUAUUAUUUAAUACCGUGUAUUCUAUCACGUCAAUGCUUUGUAUAUUUUAAUGUUGCUCAUCAUUAAUUGAGCUGGGAUUGUAUGAGGGGUAUCAGGUUGUAGAUAGUAUGACAAAGGUUGAUUCCUAUGUAGCUAGCUCAUGAGGAAGGCACUAUGGAAUGCAUUCUCUAUGGUUUACUGAGUUGUAUGGCUUAAGCUUUUAGAAUCGUAAUGCUCAAACGCUAUUUCCAGUGUGAUAUUUAUUUUGAUCUCCCCACAUCAUUUUAUCAUUUCACCUUCAUUCACUUUAUUACUUGUGAUUUAGUUUACAAUCUUAGCAUGUUAUGAGAAAUACAUGAUUUUGCACGUACUUGGAUCUUGCUAUGUUCUCUUUAAUGUUUAAACUUCAAAGCUGUUACAGAUAGUGAUCCGUGUGUUUAAAGUCACUUUGCUUUCAUCUCUUGAAGUCUACGAUUCAUCCUCCUUUGGAUUCAGUUUAUUUUUCCAAUUGACAUUGAUUCCCUACAAUUCUGUUAUCUAGGGUGAAAACGUUCCGGAUCCAUUCAUCACAUUUGAGGCUACUGGUUUUCCUCCAGAAAUACUCAGAGAUGUAAGUGUACUAUCCUUGACAUUGGACCUACAGACCAGACCU